CGUAAUUCUCUUCCACCCAUCAUUCUUUCCUGGAAAACAAACAGAACCCAGGAAUUCCAGCCGGCCAAGGGCGAACGCUUCCUCCGAUUAGUGAAGAAACCUCGCUCGCUGAGUUAGCUCCCGGAAGAGAAAGCUUUUAGGAAUCGACUGGUCAUUCUCUCGGCGAUCACCUUGGGGUGAUUUCUUUCAUUUCUCAAUCGAGGUAGGAAGAGAUGCAGGCUAUGGCGGCGAAUUCAGUUUGCUGCUCCGCGCCGACAACCCUAGACCCUUGUCCUUCUUUCUUUCUUCAUCGUCGUCCGGGGAAGAGUGGCAGUUUCUUUGACAGCAGAGUCUCUGUUAACAGGAGUUGCAACCGGCCUCAGGGCAUUCCAUGCCGGUCUGUGAAGAUUCGUGCUCCUAGCUUGUCACGGAAAUUCGGUGUUAAGGCGGUGGCAACUCCGAAUUCGGCAAUCGAAUUACCACUAACUGCAGAGAAUGUUGAGAGUGUGUUGGAUGAGAUUCGACCAUAUCUCAUUUCCGAUGGUGGGAAUGUAGCCUUACACGAGAUUGAUGGGAAUGUUGUGAAGUUGAAGUUACAAGGAGCAUGUGGAUCGUGUCCUAGCUCUGUUACCACGAUGAAGUUGGGUAUUGAGCGUAGGUUGAUGGAGAAAAUUCCUGAAAUCGUUGCAGUGGAACCUAUACCAGAUGAAGAAACUGGGCUUGAGCUGAAUGAAGAAAACAUAGAGAAGGUACUAGAAGAGAUCAGGCCAUAUCUUGUGGGCGCAGCUGGAGGGUCUCUUGAAUUAGUAACAAUCGAAGAGCCGAUAGUGAAAGUUCGAAUCACAGGGCCAGCAGCUGGGGUGAUGACUGUCCGUGUUGCAGUUACACAGAAGCUGCGCGAGAAAAUACCAUCCAUCGCUGCUGUCCAACUUCUGUGAUUCCUCUCCUUGCAAAAGCCUACUCUUUAGCCUUGCAGAAUGGCGACAUGGCACUCAGAACCUAUGACGAUGCAGCCUGGUAAUGUACAGUCCAGGGCACCGGGUUACAAUCGGUUCUUGCAUCAAUCCGGUGGAAUCGAGUUACCACUUCUAAGUGCAUCUCCCCUUGUGCUUUUGCCUUUAUACUUGCGUAGUUUGUGAGUGUAAAUACUGUGGUACAUGAUUGCAUAAUGUUCAAUCAUUGCUUAUGGAAAAAAAAUGAAGGUAAAUACUGUCUUGGGUUUACUUAUACAACCUCUCUGUAUUCUUCUGGGAAACCAACGUCUGAGGUCCUGCUGGGUUUGAUACUGGAGGAUAAGCUAACCCUCCAGUCUUCUGGCUGUUGUUGACCCAAAAAGAAUAAGCCUUUCUUGCUGUUCUCCAUUUCCUCCUUUCGCAGUACUGACGAGGACUUGCCCCUUUCCCUCUUUCUGUAUGUCACAGUCACUGCUGGUCUUCCUUCUCUUCUUUGACCUCUUUUCUUUUCCACUUCUUUGUUUGCUCGGAAUUCGGAAAAUAUUCUUUUCUUUCGCUUGAAGAAAUCUUUGACAUCGAUUGUUGAGUGCUAACAAACGUCUCUCCACCGGGGGUUUUUAACAAACAUGUUCAUAUACUAUUUAGGUUAUUCAUUCUUGGUUCCUACAUUAAACUUUGAUGCAAACCCAUUGCCUGUCUUGUCUGGGUUCAUCAUAUGCUGAGUCUUAGUGAAAUGACUUUUUGUUGAUGGUAAAAUGGUGCUAUAAUUUAUCUCAUCUAUGGAUCAUGUCAAUUUUAUGGGUCGUAAAUUUACGAUAUUCCAGAAGAAAUUGAACGCUCUUCUUUCUCAAGCUGCAAUAGGCUCGUCUUUGGUCACUGAACCGAUAAUUAUUAUUGUAAUAUCAUGUUGUGAAGCCUUUCACUGAUUUUGAAGUGGGAUUAUGUCGCGCCGAGAUGGUGUGCCUGUAGAUCCCCUCACAAAUGACAUUCAUGGAUUAGCUCCUCAAUGUAAUCCACAAAUUCUAGCAUUUUAUCGAUGCCAUGGUCAUGACUCCGGUUGAACUAGCAGUAUCAAUCUUUUCAUCCUCGCUAUGGUAGUUGAAGCAUCUGAAUGUUAGUUCGAAAUGAAUAACUUUGAGAAUUCCUUCUGGGAUUUUGAUGAGGCUAUCAAAGUUCAUGUCAAGUUUAUUCAGAUCGCCCCCUGUUCCGAUUGUAAGUCCAAGUCUCGAGCUAUCAAUCUAGAGAACCGUGAUCGCGAUAGACCUUACACACUCACCAAAAAUAUUUCCUUUCAAUUGGGUAAUAGCUCUCUAUUUGACAUUUUGGAGGAAAGUAUGCCCUAGGGAACAUAAAUAGACUCAUUGAGUUUUUCCUUUCAAAGGGUAAUGCAUUCAAUGACUUGUUCCCGCAUCUCAAUCAGGAGAAUUUUGUCGACUAAACCCCUGAACAACAA